CCACCCACACAUUCCUGUGGGGUGAGGUGCAGCCGCCGCUCCCAUCUGCCCGGGGCAAAGCCGUCAUUUGUUCCCCUUGAGGGCCUGGGAGGCUGCCAGGCUCUCCACACCCACUUCCCAGUUGAGGAAACCGAGGCAGAGGAGGCUCAGGUGUGGCCAAUCACCGUGCCGAUCAGCGUUGCCCCGGUCAGGGCCCACGGAGACUCUGGGAGGGGCCGCUUGGGCGUGACGGGAUUCCCUCCCUACCCAGCUGCGCAGAAGCCCUCGGAGGCCUGGGGGGGCUGGGCUCCCCCUUUCCCACUGCCCUUUGGAGAACCACGUGGGCACUGGCCGGAGACCUGAAGGGGCCGUCCUGUUCGCCGUGGGUGCCACCAGUGCCACGCUCUACCGUCUCUGCCUGGCUGGCCACUCCCACCUGCUGCGACUCGGACAGACAGCUGUGCACAGACCCACUGUGCCUCCUGCCCUGGGAUCUACACAGUCCAUGGCCUUGCCAACGGCUCGACCCCUGUGGAGGUCCUGUGGGAGCCCUGCCCUUGGCAGCCUGCUGCUCCUGCUCCUCAGCCUCGGAUGGGUGCAGUGCUCGAAGGCUUGGGCCGGAGAGACAGGGCGGGAGGCUGCACCCCCGGACCGAGUCCUGGCCAACACGCCUAACAUUGCCAGGUGGGUCUGGGGUCCUCACAGCCCUGGAGGACGAGGCUCAAGGGGCCCUUGCAGCCUGUCCCCAGCACCUUCUCUUCACAGCCCGGCUGCGUUCUCAGGGUCCCAGGCCUGCACCCGUUUCUUCUCCCGCGUCUCGAAGGCCAAUGUGGACCUGCUCCCUCGGGGGGCUCCUGAGCGACAGCGGCUGCUGCCCGCGGCCCUGGCCUGCCGGGGCGUGCAGGGGUCUCUGGUGAGCGAGGCCGACGUGCGUGCUCUGGGAGGACUGGCUUGCGACCUGCCCGGGCGCUUUGUGGCCGCGUCGGCAGAGGCGGUGCUACCCCGGCUGGUGCACUGCCCGGGACCCCUGGACCGGGAGCAGCAGGAGGCGGCCCGGGCAGCUCUGCAGGGCGGAGGAGCCCCCUACGGCCCCCCGUCGAUGUGGUCAGUCUCCACCCUGGACACUCUGCAGGGCCUGCUACCCGUGCUGGGCCAGCCCAUUGUCCACAGCAUCCCGCAGGGCGUCGUGGCUGCGUGGCAGAAACACACCUCUCGUGACCCGGCCUGGCGGCAGCCUGAACAAACCAUCCUCCGUCCGAGGCUCCGGCGGGACGUGGAGAAGAAGGCCUGUCCCCUAGGCAAGGACGUCCUGGAGAUAGACGAGAACCUCAUCUUCUACAAGAAGUGGGAGCUGGAAGCUUGUGUGAACGCGUCCCUGCUGGCCACCCAGAUGGACCGUGUGGACGCCAUCCCCUUCACCUAUGAGCAGCUGGGCAUCCUGAAGCACAAGCUGGACGAGCUCUACCCACAAGGCUACCCUGAGUCUGUGACCCAGCACCUGGGCCAGUUCUUCCUCAAGAUGAGCCCUGAGGACAUUCGAAAGUGGAAUGUGACCUCCCUGGAGACCUUGAAGGCUCUGCUCAAAGUCAGCAAGGGGCAUGAAAUGAGUGUUCAGGUGGCCACCCUGAUUGACCGCUUCAUGAUGGGAAGGAGGCAGCUAGACAAAGACACCCUGGACACCCUGACUGCCUUCUACCCCGGGUACCUGUGCUCCCUCAGCCCUGAGCAGCUGGGCUCCAUGCCCCCCAGCCUCAUCUGGGCGGUCAGGCCCCAGGACCUGGACACGUGUGGCCCGAGACAGCUAGAGGUCCUCUAUCCCAAGGCCCGGCUCGCUUUCCAGAACGUGAAUGGGUCCGAAUACUUCUCGAAGAUCCGGUCCUUCCUGGGUGGAGCCCUCGCAGAGGACUUGAAGGUGCUCAGUGAGCGGAAUGUGAGCAUGGACUUGGCCACGUUCAUGAAGCUUCGGACGGAAGCGGUGCUGCCACUGACCGUGGCUGAGGUGCAGAAACUUCUGGGACCCCAUGUGGAGGGCCUGAAGGCCGAGGAGCGGCACAGUCCGGUACGGGACUGGAUCCUGCGGCAGCGCCAGGACGACCUGGACAUGCUGGGGCUGGGGCUGCAGGGCGGCAUCCCCAACGGCUACCUCGUCCUGGACCUUGGCGUGCGAGAGGCUCUCUCGGGGACGCCCUGCCUGCUAGGACCUGGACCUGUGCUCACCCUCUUGGCUCUGUUCCUGGCCUCCACCCUGGCCUGAGACCUCCACUCCGUUCCUGGCCCCAGCGCCACUGGGGAUCCCCACCUGGCUGGUUCCCGUUCCCCACCAGGAGAACUUGGCCUCAGUAAAUGGGGAUAUGCCCCCUGCAGACA